AUGGGCGGGUCAGCGCUGGGCGGGGUGGGGCAGCAUCGGGGCGGGGCGGGGCGGGCGGCGAUGGGCGGGGUGGGGCAGCGCCGGGACAGGGAGGCACCGGGCAGGGCGGGGUGGCGUCGGGGUGGGCCGGGGCGGCACCGGGGUGGGGAGGCGCCGGGCGGGGUGGGGCGGUGCCGGGGCUGGGAGACGACGGGCGGGGUGGGGUGGGCCGGGACGGGGCAGCAAUGGGCGGGGCGGCGCUGGGGCGGGGAGGCGCCGGGCUGGGCGGGGCGGCGCCGGGGCGGGGAGGCGCCAGGGCGAGCUGGGACGGUCGGCGACGGGCGGGGCGACGGGCAGUGUGGGGCUGGGCGGCGGGCAAGGUGGGGCGGGAGGCGGGGGUGGGAUCAGGACGGGAGUCAGACGGGUUGGGGAGAUUAG